GAUUCAAGCUCAAUAGAUGUCUUGUAUCCAGAUCCAUCAGAUUCAUAUACCGGUGGGCUUUUCCCAGGUUCCGGCUCUUUUGACUGGAGUUCCCCAGAUAGUAGUGGAGAGGGGAGAAACCAUGAAGGAGGGCAAGAGAACAGCGUGGAGCGGUCUUCCCGGCCAGGGAACAGUCGCAUUCCUGGAAAAGACCACCGGCGUUACUAUCACAGUCACUGGAGGCUUGAGUAUUUGAUGGACUUCAAUGCACGUUCUCAUAGCAUGAUCUGUAUGGUUUGUGGCAGUUCCCUGGCCACCUUGAAACUCAGCACCAUCAAACGUCACAUUCAGCAGAAACACCCCUAUUCCCUCACUUGGACUCCCUGUGAAAAGGAGGUCAUCAUUGGUGGCUGGGAUGCCCAUCUAUGUGUUGAUGCUCAGACCCUUACAGGAGGCGAAGAGCAGGGGGCAGAUGGUAUUGAAGUUAAACCUGGUCCAAAAAAGAAGCGUCGUCUUCCUCUGGUAGCAAAAGGAUCAUGGCGUCCUCUGUUAGGAUCUGAGAUUGAGCUGCCUCCACCUCCGGACAGAAGCCAAAUAGAACAGUAUAUGAAUGAGUCUUUUAAACAGUGGUUACGAUUAGAGUUUUUGAUGGAUUAUGACUGUCAAGGGGACAAUCUGUACUGUAUGAUGUGUGCAACAGCUUUACCAAGUCUCAGUAUUCAUGAUAUUAAAAAUCAUAUUUUAGACAAUCAUCCCACAUCCAUUUAUUUCAACUCCCCACAGAAAGGUCUUAUUAUAGAUUCAUGGAUAAAUCGUAAGGAAGGUCCAGAAGAGAUUGUAGAUGUUGAGGAUGAAAUGGAUGAAGAUGAGGAAGAAGAUGCAGAGGUUGAUCUGACAAAAAAUGAUUUUGAUGAAGAGGAUUAUUUGGUAGAGAGAAAACAAUUACAGAUCCAGGACUGCAAAAAAAUGUGGGUAAAGAAAAUAUUAAUGGAGAAACCAAGGAAAAGGGAGAGCAAAAAAAUGUUGAGACUUUGGAAAAAGAUGGUCCCAAGCUUAGCAAAGUUCAACAGUUAGAGGACAGAAAUGUGAACCCACUGGAGGAAGAAAAGACUGGAAAAGAAAAACCCUCACAGGUAGAAGAAAGGAAUAUUGGGGAGGCAAAGCUUCAAGAUAAGGACUUCAAAUCUAAAGUGGUGAAGAAGUUGGAGGAGCAAGAAAAGGUUAUAGAGGCACAGCUUCUGGAGAAAGAGAAACAGAACAGUAAUGAGCCACAACUGUUGGAAGAGGAGAAACUUAAAGCCAGAGAAACAAAUCUCUUGGAGGAGGGGGAGAGGAAGACUAAAGAGACACAGCUGCUAGAAGAAGAGAAGCUUAAAGAGGCACAGCAGAAGGAAGAAACACCAUUGCUGGGCAAUGAGGAAUUAAAAACUAAAAAACUGCAAACACUUGAGGAAGAACAAUGUAAACCUAUAGAGGCACAGUUGGAAGAAGAAAGAGUAAAGGUGUCUAACCAUAUGGAACUAGUGAAAGCAAAAGCGGUCCAAACACAGUCAGGUGAAAACCUGUGUGUGCCAGAAAACGUGAAAAUAGAGAACCAGGAGACCGAACCAAUCGUGAAGCUUAAAGGACAAGUUCUUGCUUCAGCUCUGGAGACCACAGUUGGGAAUAUCAAAAAUGAGCAGGAGAAACAUAAUAGUCCAAAGCUGAUAGAAGAAGGGAAGAAACUCUCAGUAAUUCCAGAGAAACGUAUCAUUCAGGUGCAACAAGCGCCAGCUGUGUUGGGAAUUGGAGUUCCCCUGUUAAAAAUGGAAACUCCAGCACCUAUUAUUAUCACACGGGUCUCCGUUCUACCAGAGCAUACAGUGAUUACACCUCCAAAACCAAAGCCUUCUACCUCCACUUCUGACGCCUCAAAAAACUAUCGGGUUAUUGCUCCCAAAGUUAUUGCAGGUCCAGAAGAACUCCAAACACAAAAACCAUCAUCCUCUGGUAGCACUGAGUCUUCUCCUUGGCCUGCAGGGGUUGACCCUGCCAUUUGGGAGGUUAGUUUAUGGCAAGAUAAUAGUGGUAAUACCAUUAACAGUUUCCAGUGCAAUGCUUAUCAGAUGCGUUGGCGCUCAGAUUACUUGAUGGACUACAAUGGAUUGCGAGGAAGUGUGGUCUGCAUGUACUGUUGCUCCUCACUAACCGUACUGAAAGAUAGUAGCAUAAAAAGACAUAUUGUACAGAAGCACCCUCAUACAUCCAACUUUUCUGCUGAGCAAAAGGCAGCUGUCAUUCUUGACUGGGAAAAUAAGCUAGCUGAAGUAAAGAAACUGAUGGCAAAGCAUAACAUGGAAGGAAUUGUUCUAGGAGAUUAUGGAGUGACUCCUUCAAAAGUAUCUGAAUGUGAUGCUGUGGAGGAUGAGGAGCAGGAGCCUAGCUGGGCUGGAGCGUUGUCAGAAGGGAAAGGUGCUUCUUGGGAAUUUGCCUUUGGGAGAGUGCAAGGUAAUGUUCCGCAGGACCCACGCAAGUACCAACAUGACCGUUGGAAACUAGAGUUCCUAAUGGAUUACACCCCAAGUAAGGAUGGCUUGAUCUGUAUGGUAUGUGGAGUGACCUUAAUAAACCCAAAAAUCAGCACUGUGAAGAUGCACAUCCAGCAGAAACAUCCAGAUACCAUUUACUUGAGUGAUCAAGAGAAGGCAGUAGUGAUUGAAGAGUGGGAGCAAAGACUGAGUUCUGGCAGGAUAGGAUCAGGUCAACAAACUGGAGAUGAUGAAAUCUGUAUAGAAAUAAAAGAAGAUUCAACAACCUCUGAAACACAUGGGGCCAGUGCGGCAACUUGCACACCACGUACUGAUAUAAUUCUUCCAACCAUCUCCAAGCCUUCUAAGCCUACUGCUUCUCUACCUCCACCAUGUAAUAGUGCCAAGCGGAGCUACCAGGUUCGUUGGCGCACUGAGUUUAUGAUGGACUAUGACUGUCGUCGACAGGGCCUUAUCUGCAUGGUGUGUGGUGGUACACUGGCCACUCUGAAAGUCAGCACCAUUAAGCGCCACAUUGUCCAGGUGCACCCUUACUCUGUAGACUUCACACCUGAAGAACGUCAAAGGAUUUUGGAGGCCUACAGUGAAAUGGCCCUACAUUACAUCCAUUCAGAAGAGUGUUUCAAAGCCCAACCCCAGGAGGAAGCAAAAGGUCGUAAAAGAAAAGCAGCUGCAUUGGAGGAUGCAUGA